AUGCCGGCUGCGUUGAAGUCCAUAUCGAAGCAGGCUUUGGCCAUGGCCAACGCCCGCUCCCGCACAAGCUUCAACGUCGAGAAACUCACAAACCUCAUCUACGGCGGUCCAUCGGUCGUACGCUCGAGACGAGAAGCCUGGGCUCGGGUCGAAGAAGCGCUCGGCACGUCAGACACAUCUCGACUCCCAGCCCAUUACGCCAAGACGAGCCGAGAAGAUCUAUACCUCGACGGCCUCCGCAUGGGCCGCGCCGUGUGGGAAGACAGGCGGACGCACGACCACGACCACUUCGACUGGCUGACGCCGCGCUACACCCUCUUCAACUACUCCCCCUUCGGCCUCUCCCCCGCCAUGUUCGUCAAGAUGCUGCAGCUGAUGGCCACGCCCGAGCAGCAGGCGCGCUGGCUCGCGCCCGCCGUCGAGGGGAGGAUCAACGGCGCCUACGUCCAGACGGAGCUCGGCCACGGGACGUUCGUGCGCGGGAUCGAGACCAUGGCCAUCUUCGACCGCGCCGCCGACGAGUUCGUGCUGCACUCGCCGACGCUGACGAGCAUCAAGUUCUGGCCUGGUUCUCUCGCGUUCUCGGCUACGCAUGCGAUUGUCAUGGCGAGGCUGGUCGCGAACGGGAAGGAUGAGGGGGUACAUCCGUUCAUGGUGCAGCUUCGGGAUGUGAAGACGGGGAAGCCGGUGGAGGGGAUCGAGUUGGGCGAUAUCGGGGUCAAGAUGAGCCAUAACCAGAACGACAACGGGUACGUGCGGUUCGAGAAGGCGAGGAUUCCGAGGGGGAAUAUGUUGAUGGCGCAGGCGAGUGUCUCGGCCGAGGGGGUGUAUUCCAAGAAGCCCGGCGUUCACGAGAAAGCGGCCUACGGGACGAUGAUGGUCACGCGGUCCAAGAUGACGUGGGUCAACGGCGUGCAACUCGCCGCCGCCGCCACCAUCGCGACGAGCGAGACGGCAGAGGAGAUCCCCCUCAUCUCCUUCCGCAGCCAGCACUACCGUCUCCUGACGCUCGUCUCGAAGGCGUACGCGAUCUUGUUCGCGUCCAAGUACACCGAGGCCGUCCACCGGGAAUUCGAGCGGCGCGGGGGGGAGGGCGACUUUUCGACCAUGACGGGCGCGCAUGCGUUGAUCUCCGGGAUGAAGGCGUGGUCGUCGGCGAUAGCGUCUGAGGGGACCGAGGACGCGAGGAGGGCUUGUGGCGGGCAGGGGUACCUCGUCACGUCCGGGCUGCCGGAACUCGUGCAGACCUCGGCCAUGAUGUGUACGGGCGAAGGGGAUACGCACGUGCUGUAUCAGCAGCUGGCGCGGUAUCUCAUGAAGUUCACCACCGCCUUCUCGGACGGGGAGAAGAAGAAGAUAAGAGAAAGGGAGCUGCCGGAGGACUUGAGGUAUCUGACGGCGCCGUAUACGAGACGGUGCGCGGAAGCGGAUUUCACAGAUCCGAGAGACGCGACGACGCAGCUUUUGAUCUUCCAGCACCGGGCCCAGAGGCUGGUUGACCGGGCGGCGCGGGGGCUGAAGAAUGCGGUCCGGAAGGGGAUGACGAAGGGCGAGGCCUGGAACCGGUGUUCGAUGGGGCUCAUGUCUGCGGCGCGGGCGCAUACGGAGUACCUCCUCCUCCGCGAGUUCGUCAAGGCCGCGGAGGCCGUCGAGGACGAGGAUCUCAGGGGCGUUCUGGUGCGGUUGAGGUCCGUCUUCGCGUUAUCCUGCAUCACGAAUCCGCAGUCCGCGGACGCGUUGGCGUUCGUGGAGGACGGAUUCUUGUCGGAGGACCAACUGGACCGGAUCCGGGACGAGCUGGGCGCGUUGCUGGACGAGUUGCUCCCGGACGCCAUCGGGCUCACGGACGCGUGGGAUUUCACCGAUGCCGGGCUGGGGAGCGCGAUUGGGAGGAAGGACGGGGAGGCGUAUGAGACGUUGAUGGGGUGGACGAGGCAGUUGCCUAUUAAUCGGAUGGUGAAGAGGAACGGGGGUGUUCAUCCCGAGGCGUGGAGGAGGUAUAUCGGGCCUGCUCUUGGGGGUGUUGAGGAGGUGUCUGGGGAGGGGGAGGUGGGUGUAGAGUUUACGCCGUAUGAUCGGGAGCAUCAGGUUUUGAUGGCGGGGAAGGCUGCUGAGAUUUUGUGA